UUCCCUCCCUCGUUGUUUGAUCGAAUUUCAGUUCCUCCUAUUUGUCUGCCAGCUAAAAUUGUUAUCCCGACCCGCGUGCAUAUAUUUUGUAUGAAAAACCAUUCAAGAUGGACGAAGUGAAGCGAACCUCGCUGAACAGCAGCACGGUGACGAUAAGGCCACGGCUUAUCUACGGACUGCGGUCGGAUGUGAUUGGCAAUAUCCACUUCAACCUCACCAAGGAGGUCAUUUAUCCCGUGGAGGGAGUCCUGGCCUUUCACGACUACGUCCAGAACAAACAGAGGUUUCUCAGAUUACCGGAGGAUACGCGACCUGAAGUGAUAGCCAUAAGUUCGCACCGCAAGCUGCUGGCUGUGCUGGAAAGGCAUUCCAAAAAUGGUCGCUAUAUAUCCAUUUAUGAAUUGGCCACCUUGAAGAAGCGUCGUCACCUGGAGCUCCCAAGCAACCAUCGCAAUGACGAAAUACAGCAGAUGAUCUUCACCAAUGACUCGAGAUCGUUGGCUUUAAUUACCCGACCGCCAGAAGAAACUGUAAUAAUGCUCGUUUUGGAUAAAACCAGCACAGUGAUCGAAGGAAGAGCCACGAUCCCUGGAUCUCAUGGAGGAGCCGAGUGCAUUGCUGGUAAUCCAAAUGAUUGCAGUUUUUUGGCCGUCGGUGGAGAAAGAACCCUUUUGCUAAUGAGUAAAUCGGAGCGAGGAUUCAGCAUUAGCAAUAAUUUAAAGGUCAAAUACAGGGUCACCUCGAUGGCCUUUCUCUCGCUGGAUCUUUUGAUGGUUGGAACUUCGGAUGAUCAGUUGAUUUUGGUGGAGAACGGCGAACAGAAGUUGGCGCAAAAGGCGAGCGAUGCGGACACCGUUGACUUGAUGAUCGAUCAGGAGGUAUUCGAUCGGGAUAAGGAAUUGCAGGAUCAGCGGUUCUUGCCCACACAGGCGGUUAGUCUUCCGGACAGAAGAGUCCUUUGCAUGACCGCCUUUCCCAAGGGUUUCGCCUACAUCAUAUUUAAUCGGGCCUUUGUCUUCGAGCGAGUAUCAAAGUUUAAGUUCGAGAGAAAAACCAUUCUGACGGUGCCCACGAAUCUCUAUGCAGAACAUAUGUACCAAAUCCAAAAUCUAGCCAUCGAUCACAAACAGGAGACUGUAAUAGUGACCACAUCCCAUUGUCAGAUCUAUGUGGGUAUACUUAUAGUUCCCGAGACUUUGAAAACCAAGCAGCUUAAGUUUGAACCACUCGGAGUGCUAAUUCAUACUGGUGAAAUCAUCGCCAUGUCCGUGUGCGCCUGGAAACCCAUUAUCAUGACUGCCUCCAGGGAUCAGACCAUCCGGAUCUGGAACUAUGAAACUGCUCUCGUUGAGCUGGUGCGGAAAUUCCAAGUGGACGUUAAUAUUGUGGAAUUGAGUUUAACAGGUCAGAUGGCGGCCAUUGGCUUUUCGGAUCAGUUGCGAAUCACCCAAAUCUUUAUGGACGAUCUAAAUAUUGUCAAGACUUACAAUUUUCCCCACUGCAAUGCUGUGCGCUAUUCGAAUUUCGGGCACCUGAUGGCCGCAGCCUAUGAUAACAAUAUAGCCAUCACAUCGGUAUACAAACUAGAUGUUUUAAUUAACCUGAAGGGCCACAAUGGCACUGUCCUUUCUGUGGCCUGGUCGAAAACGGACAAGUUCCUGAUCUCCGGCGGAGCUGAGGGAGCCAUUUAUCUGUGGGACAUUGAGACUGGCGAACGACUUCAGGAAAUUGUUCAGAAGGGCACCGAAUAUGUGACCAUAUCCUGCAGCACCAACGAUCCUUUGACGAUCUUUGCGGGCACCAGCAUCGGAACAAUCCGUGAGUUCCAGAGCUCAACGCUGGUGAGGGAGAUAACGAUUCCAUCGAGGAACAAGGGAUCCGUUUCUGAUAUCUGCUUGGCCAGAUCGGACUUAAUUAUGUUCGUGGCUGAUCACGAGGGCAAUCUGUUCAAUAUGCAACUGCCGUUUUUGGAGGCCGGAGGAGGAACCUUUACCAAUUUCCGUUUCUUCGAUGGACCAGUAAAUAAGUUACGCUUCUCUUAUGAUGGCACUUUGCUUUUUGCCAUUUCGAGCAAAGGAACUCUGGCCAUCUGGGCAAUGGACAACAUAGAAGGCAAGGUGGCCUAUAUGGAUCAGGAUUUGAUGCGCAGCCAGGAGGUUUUGAUACCAAGAAGUCAACUAAAUGAUAAAAUCGAGCAGAUUGCCAAUCUCGAGUUGCGAUUGAAGCAGCAGGCGGAGGAGUUCCAAUACCAGUUGAGUCAGAACGAGAUCUUUGAUGGCCAGCAGUUGCAGGAGGUUCACAGGAGCUACUGUUCGGCGCUGGAGGAGCUCAAGGAAUUGAACAAUGAAAUCGAGGCAAGGCACACGGAAGAGAUGAACCAUAUUACUUUCCAAAUUAAUUCCAUAAGGGAGGAUCAUCGCAUCCAGCUGGACACCCUGGCCACUCAGUAUUCGGAGAGAAUGCUUAUCGAGUAUCAGAAGUUUACCAAUCUGCGAGAGAAUAUGCUGGAACUUCGCGAGAGUUACGAGGACAAGCUGAAGAACUCCACGGGAACGCUGCAGGAUACGGUUGAAGCCUUAGAAAAUAAUUACAAACAGCAGUUAAACGAACGCAAAGAGCUAAUCCGCGAUCUCAUGAAGGAAAUGCAGGACAAGAAGGCCGAGUUCAUUGAGUAUUGCCACGAGGUGGAGCUGGAAAACGAUCGCAACAUGGUGUCCACACAAACCGAGUACGAAAACAAGUUAACCACCGAGCGGAAUGAGACACAAAUGUGGCGAGGCAAGGCGGGAGUUUUGCAGAAGAAAUUCGAGUCGCAGAGCCGGGAGAUCGACAAUCUUCUGGAAGAAGUGGAAACCCUUAAGGAAGAGCACUAUAAGUCCCAGCGGAACAUGCAGAAACAGAUGCGCAAUAUCGAGGACCUGCAAAAGGACAUUGCCGAUCGAGAUUACGCCAUUAAUGGCAAGGAAAAGCGCAUCCAGGAUCUGCUGCACAAGAACCAGGAGCUGGACAAGUACAAGCAGGUGCUGGGACACAAGAUCGCGGAGUUGAAGGCGCAGAUUGAGCCCCGUGAGUUCCAAAUCAACGAUAAGCGCAAGCACAUCAUCGAAAUGGAGGCGGAAUUGGAGGGUCUAAACCAGAACAAUGUGCAAUUGGAGUUGCAGCUCAAGGAAAUGCGGGACAAGUACCUCAGCAAUGUUGCUGAACUCCGGACGGAGAGGCAUCGUGCAAAGGCUUCUCGAGAGUGUCUACAUGCCAUUUGCUCGGAUAUUUACUACGUGGCUGGGGAAAUCAACACUGCCGAGGGACUUAAGAAAGCCGUGAAGGAGCUGUUCCGCAAACACGCCUCUGAUGAUGAACUCAAGCGAUUCGUGACCCUGGAUGCGGAGGUCAGGGACGAGUUUAUGCGGCAGCGCAGGCAGAUCGAAAAUGUGUUGGCGCGCUACAAAUCGGUAGCCGAGGAUAAAUCCGUCCAGAAGAAGUACGACAAGCUGUUCAAGGAGAACUUGGUGCUGGUCGAGGAGAUCGAAAAGCUUCACGAGACCAACAAGGUGCUGCGCAGCAAGGUGAAGGAGGACCUGCGCCGAUCAACAAGACAAACAAAAACGUAGACAAAACAGGACUCUUUGUUUUCCGUUUCCUGAGGGAAAGCAUAGUCUAUUAAAAUAUGUAUUUCACAUUGGACUUAUCAAAAAAUUUAGUUUCACGGCAAUAUAUACAUACAAAAAUGGCA